AUGGACGCAGCACCCCAACCUUCCCCCAACCCAUCAGCCUCAACCGCUGCCACCGCCACCACAACAGCAGCUAGGCCCGCAGCCGCGACUCGCAGACAGCCCCUCUCCAGGGAUAGCUCCCUCAUGCCACGUUACCUAGAGCUCAUUCGCUCCGGAACCAAAACCGUAGAAGGUCGCAUUCGUGCCGGAAAGUGGGCUGACGUCAUCCCAGGGGACAUCUUCCGCUUCUUCAGCACGCAGGCUCCACCGUCUUCUACACUACCCGCCAACACAAACACAAAUAGUGUAUCCGUACGGUGCCGUGCUAUUACUGUACGGCAGUACGACAGCUUCCAGGCCAUGCUUGAGGGCGAGGGCCUAGCGGCGUGUCUGCCUGGCGUGCAGAGUCUGGAGGAAGGAGUGGAAGUGUACCGAUCGAUUCCUGGUUAUCGGGAGCGCGAGGCGGUGGAGGGGGUGGUAGCGGUGGGGCUUGAGCUACUGCUGACUGACGACUGCUGA